AUCGCCGCUUGAAGCGUGUUAAUUAGACAAACAAACUGUGGCCAAGGCGGGUGUUAAUCGGACACGCCGCAAGGAAAUCUGGAAAGGACGUGCGAGUCGAUGAGAAGAAGGAGGCGGCGGAGGAGAAGAAAGAGGCAGAAAUUUAGGAUCAUCGGGAGAUAUGGAGAACAACGACGAAGCGCGGACUGUGGCCGAACGUGCGUCAACGUCGAAGGAAGAACCCUUGGAGGCGACUGCCGAUGAUGAUUACGGCUGCGAGCAUUACAAGCGAAAAUCCAAGUUUGUGACACCGUGUUGCAACAAGGUGUACACGUGCCGAUUCUGCCACGACAAGGAGGAGACCCACACAGUAAACAGAAAAGAGGUGACGGAACUUAUAUGCGUGCUGUGCGACACGCGUCAACCCGUGCAAGCCACUUGCCAGAAUUGUCAUUGCCGGUUCGGCAAGUAUACGUGCCUCGAAUGCAACUUAUUCGACGACGAGGACAAGAAUCAGUAUCACUGCGAUGGCUGCGGGAUAUGCAGGGUCGGCGGUCGCGAUCGAUUUUUCCACUGUGCCAAGUGCAACAUGUGUUUGCCGGUUCAGUUACAAAACGGACACACGUGUGUAGAAAAUGUUUCUCACGCAAAUUGUCCAGUUUGCCUGGAGGACAUUCACACAAGUCGUAUACCCUGUCACAUUCCAAACUGUGGUCAUCUGCUUCAUCGCACUUGUUUCGAGGAAUUGUUACACUCAGGACAUUACGCGUGUCCAACUUGCCAAGUAUCGCUUUUAGAUAUGACUGAUUUAUGGAGAUUUUUGGAUAUGGAAGUAUCUUCAACGCCAAUGCCGGAGGAGUACAGGGAUUACAAGGUUGAUAUUCUGUGCAAAGACUGUCACGAGAUCCAGACACGUUGGAUUGAACGAUAUGAAAUUACGUUGGCGAUGAAGAGAAUCCGCGAUGCUCUAGAACUUUGAGUAUUAAAACGGGAAGAAAUGCGAAACACUUACGAGAAAGUGUUACUUUUAGACGUUCCAAAAGAGCAAAAGAGACAUUAGGAAAAAAUGGCCUCGUCGGCAUUAUACCUCUUUACUUGUUUUUAGUGAAUUUAUACAUCUUUGUUGAUUGUUUUUAGACUUUUUAUAGAUGUUAUUUUAUUAGGAGGCUGAAUGUAGCGACUGAUCUAAUCAUCAGUGUUUAUAUCUGUAAUCAUGGAAACUACUGAAUUAUUGAAUAAUCGUAACUUGAAUUAAUUCGAAUCAUUUAAAGCGAAUAGUUUAUUUCUUUUUUCUUUUUUCCUGUUUUUCUUUUUUUCUCCAAAAAUACAAAUGUUAUUUAACGAUAGCGAUUCUAAAUCAUUCAAUUCGUCUUGGCAGUUAUUUCGUUACUCAUUGGAGACGCGGUAUACACGGUGUCACCAUUUCCUAAAAAUUCUUCUCGCGCUGUUCCCUAAGUAUAUCCUUAAACAUUUCAUAAGGCGUGACUUUCUUUCGAUGCAAUCUUUUCGUAAAUGCUAAAUCGAUAUACCGGUAGUGCUAGUCAAAGAAAGAAAAGUAAAAAAAAAAAAAAUCUCGCCCUCUUUUAGCUAUUGUUAUAAUCGACAGCUAAGAGUUCCUCUGUAUUAUCUCUACUACACAUAGUUCCCCGAUGUUAUAUUACGCAAUUAUAUCUAGAGAUAGAGAUCAAUGAGAUUAUUACUAAUAAGACACGUUUUAUUCCUUAAUGAAUUAUUGUACGCGCAAUUUUCGAAAAGAUCGCCAUCUAGUCAAAGAUUUCUCGAGUCACUUCUUGAUAUGAUCGUUCUAUAUGUAAAAAAAAAAAAGAAAAAAAAAGCAAAA